CGAGACAAAGACGCCAGGUGUCAUCGAUGCUCCGUUGGUGCUGAACCAGCUGCAGGUAACGUGUACUGGAAGGUAUCCGUAUCUGCAGGAAGGGCUUCCCCAACAGGAUCAUCUACUCCGAGUUCAAGCAGAGAUACUCCAUCCUGGCCCCUAAUGCCAUCCCCCAGGGCUUCGUGACGGCAAGCAGGUGACCGACAAGAUCCUGACGGCCCUCCAGAUGGACCCUAACGAUACCCGCCUCGGCUCCACCAAAGUCUUCUUCAAAGCCGGCGUCCUGGGUAUGCUGGAGGACAUGCGCGACGAGCGCCUCUCCAAGAUCAUCUCCCUCUUCCAGGCGCACAUCCGGGGCUAACUCAUGCGCAGGCAGUACAAGAAGCUGCAGGACCAGAGGGUUGGCUUGUCCGUCAUUCAGAGAAACAUCCGGAAGUGGUUGAUCCUGAAGAACUGGCAGUGGUGGAAACUGUACACCAAGGUCAAGCCUCUGCUCAACAUCGCCCGCGCUGAAGACGAGAUGAAGAAGAAGGAAGAAGAGCUGGAGAAGACUAAGGCUGAACUGGCAAAGAUUGAGAAGAUCAAGAAAGAACUGGAGGAGCAGAACGUUACCCUGCUGCAGCAAAAGAACGAUAUGUACCUGCAGUUGCAGGCGGAACAAGAUACCUUGAUUGAUGCCGAGGAGAAGAUUGAACGUCUAAUCAGACAGAAGGCCGACUUCGAGGGCCAGCUAAAAGAUCUUGAAGAUAGGCUUUUGGACGAGGAAGACGCCGCUGCUGAGCUUGAGUCCAUCAAGAAGAAGAUGGAGGCCGAGACGGCUGACCUGAAGAAAGAUAUUGAAGAUCUGGAGACCUCCCUCGCUAAGGCUGAGUCUGAGAAAAAUACUAAAGACAAUCAGAUUAGAACUCUUCAGGAUGAGAUGGCCCAGCAGGACGAGCAGAUCGCCAAACUGAGCAAGGGCAUGAAGGGCAUUGAUGAAACCCUGAAGAAAACGCAAGAAGCUCUUCAGGCCGAAGAGGAUAAGGUUAACCACCUGACAAAGCUGAAGGGCAAACUGGAGGCAACUCUUGAUGAGCUUGAAGACAACCUUGAGCGCGAGAAGAAGGUGCGCGCUGAUGUCGAAAAGGCCAAGAAGAAAGUGGAGCAGGAUCUGAAGACUACACAAGAGGCUGUAGAGGACCUUGAGCGCGUCAAGAGGGACCUCGAGGAGAACGUCAGGAGGAAAGACAUCGAGCUGAAGAAUGUCCACGCUAAACUGGAGGACGAACAGAGUCUGGUCGCCCAGCUGCAGAGAAAGAUCAAGGAGCUCCAGGCCCGCAUUGAAGAGCUGGAGGAGGAAUUAGAGGCGGAACGCGCUGCUCGAGCCAAGGUCGAGAAGCAGAGGGCGGACAUCAACCGGGAGCUCGAGGAACUCCAUGAGCGUCUGGACGAGGCGGGCGGCGCCACCGCUGCGCAGCUCGAGCUCAACAAGAAGCGCGAACAGGAGCUGCUCAAGCUCCGCCGUGACCUCGAGGAGUCGAGUCUGCAGCAUGAGGGACAGAUCGCGGCGCUCAGGAAGAAGACGCAGGACGCCUCCAAUGAGAUGGCCGAUCAGAUCGACCAGCUGCAGAAAGUCAAAGCCAAGGUAGAGAAGGAGAAACAAACGAUGCGAAGUGAGAUCGAUGACCUACACGCACAAAUCGAGCACGUGUCCAAGAACAAAGGCAUGUCCGAGAAAAUGUCAAAGCAAGUCGAGGCACAGAUCGCCGACCUGAACGCACGCCUCGAGGAGAGCGCCCGGGCGAUCCAGGAGCACCUGAGCUCCAAGGCGCGCCUCCAGGCGGAGAACGCCGACCAGCAGAGGCAGAUAGAGGACGCCGAGAGCAAGGCCAGCGCCCUGAGCAAGGAGCGACAGGCGCUGCUCCAGCAGCUCGAGGACGCCAAGCGCGCACUUGAAGAAGAGACCAGGGCUCGCCAGAAGCUGCAGAGCGACAUCCGCAGCCUCCAGUCAGAGAUCGACAACCUACGCGAGCAGUUGGAGGAGGAACAGGAGUCCAAGGCGGACCUGCUGCGACAGCUGUCCCGCGCCAACGCCGAGGCGCAACAGUGGCGCACCAAGUACGAGAGCGAGGGCAUGGCGCGGGCCGAGGAGCUCGAAGAGGCGAAACGCAAGCUGCAGAUCAAACUGCAGGAAGCGGAACAAGCCGCCGAGACCGCCAACGCCAAGGUCAGCCAACUGGAGAAAACGAAGGCCAGACUGCAGGGCGAGAUGGAGGAUCUGAUGGUCGAUGUGGAGAGGUCGAACGCCAACGCGACCAUGCUGGAAAAGAAGCAGCGAAACUUCGACAAGACGGUCGCCGAGUGGGAGGCGCGCGUGCGAGACCUGCAGGGAGAGCUUGAGAACGCUCAGAAGGAGGCACGCAGCUACUCUGCCGAGCUGUACCGCACUAAGGCGCAGUUUGAGGAGUCCAACGACAACAUCGAGUCACUCAAGAGGGAGAACAAAAACCUAGCUGAUGAAAUCCACGAUCUGACCGACCAGCUCACCGAGGGCGGCAGAAGCGUCCACGAGGUAGAGAAGAUCCGCCGCCGUCUCGAGAUGGAGAAAGAGGAGCUCCAGGCCGCCCUGGAGGAGGCUGAGUCCGCGCUCGAACAGGAGGAGGCAAAGGUGGCGCGCUCGCAACUCGAGAUCGCCGCCAUCCGCCAGGAGAUCGACCGGAGGAUCGCGGAGAAGGAAGAAGAAUUCGAGAACACAAGGCGCAACCACCAGAGGUCGAUGGAUUCUAUGAACGCCAGUCUGGAAGCUGAGGCUAAGGGUAAGGCGGAGGCUUUAAGAAUCCGCAAAAAGCUCGAGCAGGAUAUCAAUGAACUCGAGGUUGCUCUUGACGGCGCUAACAGACUUAGAGCCGAUAUGGAGAAGAAUAACAAGCGUCUUAUGGAGCAGUGCAGGGAGCUGCAAACCACCAUUGAGGAGGAGCAGAGGAACGUGAGCGAGGCCAGGGAGGCGUACAACAUGGCUGAACGCCGCGUAGCCGUCGUGCAGGGUGAAUGCGACGAGCUCCGCUCCGCUCUCGAAUCCGCGGAGAGAGGCCGCAAGGCCGCUGAGAACGAGCUCAUGGACGCUAACGACCGUCUGAAUGAGCUCUCCGCCCAGGUACAGUCGCUGGGAGGCCAAAAGAGGAAGCUGGAGGGAGACAUCGGUGCCAUGCAGGGCGACCUCGAGGAGAUGAGUAACGAAGUGAGGGGUGCCGACGAAAGGGCCAAGAAAGCCAUCGCCGAUGCCGCCCGCCUGGCCGACGAAUUGCGUGCCGAGCAAGACCACGGACAACAGAUUGAGAAGAUGCGCAAGGCUCUGGAGGCCCAGAUCAAGGACAUGACGGUGCGUCUCGACGAGGCGGAGGCCCAGGCGCUCAAGGGAGGCAAGAAGAUGAUUGCCAAAUUGGAACAAAGGGUGCGUGAGUUGGAAACUGAGUACGACAGCGAACAGAGGCGCCACGCUGAGACCCAGAAGAACAUGCGCAAGGCGGACAGGCGCAUGAAGGAGCUCGCGUUCCAGGCCGACGAGGACAAGAAGAACCAAGAGCGGCUCCAGGAGCUCAUCGACAAACUACAGAACAAGAUCAAGACCUACAAGCGACAAGUGGAGGAGGCUGAGGAAGUUGCGGCCAUAAACCUUGCCAAGUACAGGAAGGUUCAGACGGAACUCGAGGACGCCGAGGAGCGCGCCGACUCCGCCGAGGGAUCGCUGCAGAAACUGCGCGUGAAGAACCGCAGCACCGUCUCCACAAACCGAACGAGCGCGAGCCCAGGGGGCGCUCCGCCGCCUGUGGCUCCCGCGACUCCCCUCUCCGCGGCCAUGGCCAAGGCCGAGAGGAUGCGUCGGGAGCGAGAGUCGUCCUGGCGCGAGUCCUCCUGGAAUUAACAAUCCCCUUCCCCCUGCGUUCUCAUAGGUCUGCUUAGACUCUUGGAACCCUGUCUCCCUACCAUCGCACUUCUGUUACAAGAGCGUCAAACUCUGCGCUGAAUACUUCUUACAGAUCGUCCGUUUUGGGUGAUGAUGACGGCUAUUAAAUUCUCGGACUAUUUUACUGUACCAGUAAAAGAAAAUAUGUGGCCAUAUUUGAAUGAGUGGACGUUUACGUGUUAGGCCUUAAAUAUAGCUAGUUUGGAAUAUACAUUAUUUGUAUUAUGUUGUUGUGUAUUAGUGUUCCAAGCGGAUUUCAUGUUUGAAUCCAGACGUCUAACAAUCGGUAUUGGAACUAUUUUAAAUCCAAGACAACGCUAUGUAAAUACCCGGUAAAACUGAUGUUAGAUUGUUUAGAUUCACAACACGAGCCGUUUGCGACCCGAGUGUUUGGUAAAUUAUGAGUCUUAACUAGCUAUUUACUCUUUACUUGUGUGAAAUGUUAUAUCAUCUCUUAAUAUAGACAUUGUCAAUAGUAUUUAUUCUCUUAUUGAGACUUUAAUAGACGUCAUCGCUUCGACAUUUGACCUCGGAAGCUAUUUUCCCCGGAAUAGCCCCCUUGGUAAUGAAUGAUCCCUAAAUGGGCCCGUAUAUAGUCGGUUUUCUAGUGUGAUUUGUGUGGCAUUAUUUAUUCUAAGUUUGUCUUACACGUCUUUGUUACAAAAUAACUUUCAGAUGAUAAAUUGCAUUAUGAUUGAA